UUGUCUCCGGACUGCAAUCCUUCGCGGCCUUUGGAGUCAAUCUGGAUUUGUCUGUGUGGCGUUUGACCUGCUAGCCUCUUGGAAACUAUACUAAACCGCUGCGUCGCCGUGCCCGCCGCAACCUGACGGAGAGCUGCGGCCGCGGCCAGUAAUAACGAGGGUGCGGAUGUCAAUUGUGGAUUACCUGCCGCUUCUUUUUUAUUGGUGGAGGCUCCGUGACGCGGCAGUAUUUAUAGUGACAGUCGGGAGGCAAUCAGCGAGAUGCGCGAAGGUAAUGUCCCCCAGGUAAUGGUCGCCUGGACGUGAGGGGGACGGAGAGCGGAGGGGGGAACUGUGUGGUGUGAAUCGCGUGGAGGGAAGGAAAGGGAGAGGAGGGUACAGAGGACGAAUAAAAGAAAGGAGAGAUGUUAGGUGCGGAGGCCGAAGGGGAAGGGAUGUGGGUGUGUGGUGAGGGAGGGAAAGGUGAAGAGGGUAGGGAACUGAUGCGAUGAAGAUGGACGAGAUUUACAAGAUUGAUCGAGGGGGAAGAGGAAAGGACGAGGCGUGUAAGAGGGAAAGGUAAAGGGGGUUGUGUCGAGGAUGAAGCAAGGAAAGCAGCAGUGUGGGAAGGAGGGCAAGAUGUUGUGGUAGAUCUUUCUGUUGUUCAUUUAUGUUUUCUCAUCCACGGCCACCUGACUGGGUGUCGUGUGUACCCAUCUCCCGGUCACUGUGUUUUUCUUCGAUUUAUUUUAUUUAUUUUUUUUAUCCACCAAGUCACCGAAUCCGUUUCUAUUAAUGAUCACUUACUGUUCAUUAUCUUCCGGCCGUCUAUACCCGCCUUCCAUCGUCCACCCGUAGAACUAUUUACCAGUUAUAUGUGAAUAUUCGUGAUCUUCAGCACAAUGGAAUUUGUCUUCCACAUCACACACUCGCGUACGUGUCCUUUCUGUGCCUUUGUACAGGAGCCCCAGCAGGCGCCAUUCCUCCUCACACGCAGGCAGACGGGCGCCAUGCAACAGGAGCCAUUAGUCGCUGUGUCUUGUACGAGCAUUCUUCUCCCUGCAACCGCACCAAUCAUCUCUCCCGUGUCACCCAGCUAAUGACAAGGGUUUAUGCCGCACACACAUCAGUGACGCUCGCUGCUUCAAACCACACGCAAGUCGUCCCUCUUCCUCCUACCAGCGCCAUCUCUACAAUUUCCCCGGGUGAUGAAAUAAUAGUGAGUGAUGAGGGCGAGGCAGCGGAGCAGAGUCACUUAGUGUUGUGCUUCCCGCCGCUGUCGUCGCCGCCGUCUCCGUCACCAGGUGCCGGGAAGUGAGCAGCGCGAGGGACACGCGGCGAUGACGUGCACAGUUAUCAUGUCAUGUGGAAAGAACAUUUAGAGAACAUUGAUCGAGGCGUGAUACAGCCAAGGCCCUGACGGAGACACUUCGGUGUGCCUGCGUAUGGCGUGCUGGUGACGUCAUGGGUCACGUUUAGUGUGGCACGGCGGCGGCCUGAGCCACAGGGCCGCCGCCGCCGCCCGGCCCGCCGCGCCCCUCACUUCCUCUGCGGACCUUGUGCCAUUCACUCCACCUCCUCCUUCCACCGUCAGCCACCUCCACUAUCACUCUUGCUGCAGUCCAACACUUGCUUCCAGACUUGGCUCCAUGCACCGCCACCAUAAACAUUAACAGCCAGAUGAAUCACAUUGCUCCAGAAAGCUGAUUUGUCAAUAGUAAUUACACAUGAUUACCUGCGAAUGGCGGAGAUCGAUGCUAAUGUAAUGGAGGUACCCGUGAAGGCACUGGAGGUCAAGUCACGCUAGGUGUUCCCGAGGCCAAGCAUCGCCCGCCUCACACACUCACACAAAGACUCACCUGUGGCCGCCCCUAUCCCGACACCUCGCCCUCCCUCCACCAAUAUUUUGCCUCCAUUCAUUUAUUUAACUCACUAAACUGGCAGCAUCGCGGGCCACCUGACUCAACAACUCACCCCCGUCACGCCAACCCGCGGCUUCUCCGUCGCCAGCCAUCGUUACCAGCCACAUUAUCAUUCUCACGCCAGCCCUCCCCGCCCCCCGCACGCCAACACACGCUGGGGUGUCGUGACUCUGCGCCAGUGUGUCUUGGCGGACUAUUACUGCGGCUCAUCGUGCAUGAAACUGGUGCAUCUGGUGCUCGGCGCGGCCCGUGUGGCGGUGACUCUGAGUUCGAGGAAAGAGACUGACUGACUCUUGAGGUCAAGCCCGACGCUCUGGUUGCGGAACAGACGGUGGUGCCGUGCGGGCCGGCGUGCGGGAGGCCGAGGCGUGCCGCAGAGCCGUGGACGGAGGACUGGCGCCCCACGAGCAGAAGGUCGUCUCAGAGGAAGACAAGGAGCUCGGUGUGUCGCAGAUCAUGUCAGUUGGUGUUCUCCCAACCAGCAGAUUUUUUCAUUGGGAAAGUGCCAGGAAACCUGCCAUCACCCGCUGCGCCUACCGGUCCUCCUCUCCACACCACCAGCCCGCGGGAGUGUCUCACCUCCACACCCAGUACCCGUGCCCUCACCACCGCCACCACCAUCACCACCACCGGCCGCGGCGGCGACACUUCACAGGGGAGUCCCCGCCGUGGCCGCGACGGUCCAGCGAGGCUGCCCCGCCGUCCCUCGCCUCCUCGUGUUUUACCGACUCGUCCAGUCUUCUCACUGCAGACUCGCUCACGCUGAGCAGCGAGGUCUCUUCCGGGGCAGAGCGAUUCCCCAGAAGUUCUGGCACACUAUUCGUAACAAGAAAUCCCUUUGUCGGCAGCAGGAUGGCCACCGGCGCCCCGAGGAGCACCACUGAGGGGCCGCGGGGCACGUCCACUGCUGCGGCUAGGGAGGUGAAGCAGUACCUCAACAGCACGCUGUUCCCGCGGCCUUCUUCCACCCUGCAGGGCUACGCCUCGCUCUACCACCGCCUCAAGAAGCUGCCCGCCGCCCACAGGAAGGCCCUCCAGCGGAGCAAGGCGUCCGCUCAGGCGGGGGCAGACUCUGACCCUACCGCCACGCGUCCUGACGGCCAGGGGGAGUCAGACUUGGAUGACGUGGACUCUCUGGAGGGCCGCAUGCCCUCACCGCCCCGCCUGGAGAUUCACAUAUAUGUGCCCACCGCCGCCGCCGCUGCCGCUGCUGCCGCCACUCACGAAGAGGAUGGCGCAGCGCCACUUUAAGACUCUUGCGUCGCUACAUUUCUGGACUGUAUCCUUUAGCAUGUGUUGCUCUCGUCGGUAGCUUUCGUAGUGUCAUGCAGAGAGUGUGUGUGAUUCAGCCCAGCAGUAUUAAAGCCUCAGCCCGAGCUCUGAGCAGCGUCUUGUCACUAUGGUUAAUUUUGUACGAGGUCUUAUUGCCUGCAGGUGGACAGACCACGUGUUCCGCCGCCCAGUGACCAGACCACACAGCCCCGCCCUGUGCCUCGGAUUGAUAGUAACACGCCUAGAGAGAGGAAGUCAUGAUAGUCAUAAAGGUCGUCGGUCUUGGUCUUUGCGUGUUGGUCGUGCUUGAAAAGAAAUGGCCUCUGUAGAACUUUUGUUGUGUGAAAAGUGAAGUAUGUUAUUUUUAUCGCAUUGCAUAUACGUAUGUAUAAAAAAUUGUAUAUUUGGUGUGCCAGACAGCCUCGCGGAGAACAUUCAUGUGUUGUGCUGAGCUGCGUUUAGUUUGUCGGUGCGAAAAGUGUUUGGCGCGGCGGGAGGCUGACAACAGGGAGCGUGCCGGUAAGAGAAAGACCUCAGCCUCUGUCUGUCAUCGACACCAAGCAAGAAACCAUUACCGCCGCUUGAACUGAAACGACACAUAAUGUAAAGCAAAGAACAGCGCGGCUUCCCCUUGAGAGUGAGAGAGUGGUGUGCACGAGAACCUCACUGAAACACUCCAGCUUUUGUGCAAAUUAUAGACGAUCACGGCCCCCCAUCGCGGCGAGGAAGGGACACCGCGCCAACACGAUAGAAAUACGCGCUGACCUCGUGGGUUUAAGUGGUGACCUUGGGGUGUAAUGGCCGUCACGCAGGUGUUCUCCAUCACACACCACUCACCUGUGUCUCCUGCUUAAUGUCUGGGCUACGUAGGGACCCAGGCUGCCAGUCGUGAGUACGUGGGGUGACGGCACUAACUACAAGAAACUAAACAACGUCUUGUCACCCAGACCUCACCCUGUCCUGCUACAGCCUAUGGACGUGCAUCUGUCGAAGGCAAGCAGCGGAGGGCGCGUUGAGGGGUGUGGGAGGCAGGCCGCGAGGUGUAGGUGUGUGAUGCAUUACCUGGACACACGUGGUAAUCACUGCGCUCCGGUCCCCGCGCCCCCAUAAUUCCGCGCUGCUUGCUGAGGCGUGGGGUUCGAGGGCGGUGAGUCAGGACGCCGCUUGGAGACUUUUCGCACCUUCCUCCUCCUCCUCCUCCUUCUCCUUCUCCUUCUCCUUCUCCUUCUCCUUCUCCUCCUCCUCCUCCUCCUCCUCCUCCUCCUCCUCCUCCUCCUCCUCCUCCUCCUCCUCCUCCUCCUCCUCCUCCUCCUCCUCCUGGUGUUAAUCAACCCUUGCAUUGGUCACCUCUUCUCACUCCUUCACUCUCAUCCAUCACUCUUGUUGUCCUUGUUCAUCAUCAUCCUUGUUCUCCUCUCCCACUUUUUUUUUCAGGUUUACACUUGUGUCUUAUUCAUUCUUGUGCUGCUUCUUAUCUUCCUACUACUCAUUGUCUUCUUGCUCCUUGUUUUCAUUUUCUUUAUUCUCUUCCUCAUCGUCGCCGUCCUCGUAUUCUUCGUCAUUGUUUAUCCUCGUCACCUUCCACCUUCUCAUAAUUCCUUGUAUUUUCUUUCCCUCCUCCUCCUCCUCCUCCUCCUCCUCCUCCUCCUCCUCCUCCUCCUCCUCCUCCUCCUGAAAUUCGCCUCUAACAUGUUACUUUUCUUUUUUCCUUCUUUUUUCCUUUUGCGAGUUAAACAUGAGCGUUCAUGCACGUUUAUUCUGGAAAUGUCUCAUGCAAUAACAAGUCAGGAACUCAUGCCACGUGUGCUAUGCCUUGUAAUACCCACCGAACAUUACACACACACACACACACACACACACACACAUAAGAGCUUCAUGCAAAAAAUCAUAAUCAAAGAGAAGUUUUAUGUCUUACUAAAAUUAAAUAUUCAACCCACUCAUUUUUUUUUUGUUACUCACUCACUCACUCACUCACUUGCUCACUCACUACCUCGCUCACUCACUCACUCACUCACUCACUACCUCACUCACUCACUCGCUCGCUCACUCACUCACUCACUCACUCACUUGCUCACCACCUCAUUCACUGACUCACUUGUUCACUCACUCACUCACUCACUCGCUCACUCACUCACUCACUCACUCACUCACUCACUCACUCACUCACUCACUCACUCAUCCAUCAUCCUCUCACUCACUCACUCACUCAUUCGCUCGCUCACUCACUCACUCACUACCUCACUCACUCACUCACUCACUCACUCACUCACUCACUAACUCACUCACCCUCUCACUCACUACGUCACAAACUCACUCACUCACUACGUCACAAACUCACUCACUCACUCACUCACUCACUCACUCACUCACUCACUCACUCACUCACUCACUCGCUCGCUCACUCACUCACUCACUCACUCACUCACUCACCCACUCACCCUCUCACUCACUACCUCACAAACUCACUCACUCACUUAUUCACGCUCUUACUUGCUCACUCAUUCAGUCACUCCCACUCAGUCAUUCAGUCUUUCACAUUUACUCGCCCUCUUGCGCUUCCAACUCAUCCACCUAAUUUAUCCACUUUCACUCUCAGUCACGCGCUCACUCGCUCUAUCGCUCAUUCACUCACUUAUCCACAUGUACUCUUUCAAUCUACUCACUCAACUCAUCCACUUAACUUCCACUUAUUCACCCAUCCACCCAUUAACCCUUUCACUCACUCCUGAUCCCCCUCCUCUUCCGCCCUCUUGCAUCUUAACAUAGUCUUUCCAGCCCCAUUUUCCAAUCUUCCAGCGCCUCCUCCGUUCACCUCCCCGCACUUCCUCCCAGGUUAGUUGUACCACUGAAGAACUCCUGUGGCGAGAGUUAGUUCAUUCUCACGCCCUCAUCUCUGCCUCCCCCUUCCCUCCCUCCCUCCCUCCUACGCCUCUUGUGAUGCACUGAAGAGGAAGAUAAGUGGAGGCCGACCCAGCUAUUGACUCUCUCUCGUGUUGUGUGGUGAUGCUUGUGAUAUAUAUGUAUUAUAAAGUGUAUGUUAUUGAUAUAUGUAUGUAUAUGUGUAUAUUAAACUGGUGUAUAUUUUAUCUGUCUGUUCGUCUCUCUCUCUCUCUCUCUCUCUCUCUCUCUCUCUCUCUCUCUCUCUCUCUCUCUCUCUCUCUCUCUCUCUCUCUCUUUCUCUUUCUCUUGCUCGUGCUCUUUCAGCCUGCCCUAGAGUAUGCAGUGUUUUAAAUAGAGACGUUCUUUAUCCCGUGCCAUGCAGAGUUACCAUUAUUGAAAGUUUAGCGUGUUUGUAAAGGAGCAGAUUAAUGACGCUGUGGACAGGUGCUGCAGGUGGAGGUGAAAUAAAUUAUAUAUCAAGUG